AAAACACCUGUGGAAGCACAUGUUCACAUCGACAACCACACCGUGUAUAAAAUUAAGUUAAGCCUGUUUUUGCUUAAGAUAUGGUCAGCAUGGAUGUAUUGGCAACCAGGUUUUACUCAUAUGACAAAAUGUACAGUCAUGAUUUACGCGAGCAAAGCUUUUCAGACUGGCCAUUUAGAGAGGAAUGUAACUGCACACCUGAAAAGAUGGCCACGGCUGGGUUUGUCCACUGCCCCAGUGAGAAUGAGCCUGAUGUUGCUAGCUGUUUCUUCUGUCUGAUCGAGCUUGAGGGCUGGGAGCCAGAUGAUGAUCCCUGGUCUGAACACGUAAAACGCUCCCCUAACUGUGGAUUCUUAAACAUGCAGAAAGACUUCACCGAGCUGACUGUGGCUGAAUUCUGUCAUAAGGAAAGGGAGAGGCUAAAGGUCUUCAUUAAAAAGGUUUGUCAUAAGAAGAUGGCAUGUUUGCGGGAUCUCAUAGAUCAUUCACUUGACAGCCUUAAAGCUCAGUCUCUAUAUGUUUGAAAUCAAGCUGUCUAUAUUUUGUGAUUCUAUUGCCACACUAAUAUAAAGUGUAGCAUGAGCCUAUACUCUUGAUUCAGUAGUUUUGAUGCAAUGGCAGUUUAAUAUAUCAAUAAAGUUGUGAAUAUUA